AUGGAGUCAGAUGCACAAAAAGAGAGACUUCGAGCGCUCUUUCACGCUUGGGAUUCUAAUCAUUCAGGACGAAUUGAAAAAUGGAAAUUCUUAAAAAUUUGCUCAGAGCUCCAUGUCCAGUCAGCAGAUGUAGAUGCGCUGUUCUCCAAACUAGACACGGACAAUGAUGGUACGAUAAACUUGACGGAGUUUGUCCACGGAUUUGAAAAGGUUUCCAGCUUCAUUAGUGAAGACGAAAUGAACGACGAGGUGAAAAAUGCAGAACCCUUUUCCUUGGCCUGGGAGGACUUCAAAACCCGUCUUGGAGACCAGACGAAAUUCAUUCCACGGAUCGACCAGGUGUCAACUCUGUACCAGAACAUCAGCUUGACUGAGGCCAGGAUGAUUCCUCAGUAUGAGAGAGUCAUCCUCAAUUUCAUCAGAGAGAUCAAGCUCCAGAACACUGACAUGGAGAACAUGGCACUGGCUGUGAAAAGGUCCCAGGAUCAGACCGCCAUUCAGCUGAGCGAAAUGGAGGAGGAGAUGGAGCAACGGGUUCUGGCGGCUGAGAGGAACACUCGCACGCAGGAGGGCAGAAAGGCAGAGGCCGCUCUGAGUGAUGUGAAGGAGCAGUUCGAGGCACAGCUGAGUGAGCUCCAACAAAAGCUGCAUUCUCUUGAGAUGACUGAAGACCAGAACAAGAUCACCAGUUUCAAAGAGGAGAUUGCAGCAAUGAAGCGAAAGAACAAUGACCUGACACUGCAAAAUCAGAAGCUGAAGCAGGAGGUGUUGGAGUCUCACACCAGUGUAGCAUUCUUGCAGACUGAGCUGGACUCUCUUAAGAGUGACCUAACAGACCAGAGCAUCAAUUUUGAGAGAGAUGAAGCCCUAAUGAGGUGUUUUUCAGAAGAGAGGGACAACCUGAUCAGACAGAUUGAGAUGCUACAGUUAGCAAACAGGAAGCUUCAUGACAGUAAUGAUGGUCUUCGCACAUCUCUGGAGAAUAGCCAGACCAGAAUCAAGAGCCAGAGAGAUGGGCUGUCUUCUGGAAAUACCAUGACUAUAAGACAGAGUUUGUGCUCACCAUUUUUUAACAGGUGCUGCAAGUGGAGCCUUGCGUACACGGAUGAUGACUUUGUUCCGGAGCAGGGGGCAGAGCAUCUGUGCGGGCGGGGCUGCGACUCACUGGCGCUGGCACUGUGCGACCCACUGAGGCGCCGGAGGCACAGCUGUGAGCUGGACAGCCUGCCCGAAAGCGGAGCUGACAGUGGCAUGUCCACGCUGUGCUCCAACAGCGGCUACGACUCAGAGCGCGAGGGAGCAGGUCGAAGCGCCGACCACCCCGACGCUGGUCUGUUCGAACACACGUCAGACACAGAGGUUCUGGAGCGGCAGGACAAGGCAGAGUGCGAAUCAGACAGUGAGUCGGUUCUAAGCUGGACCGUGUCAAAAACAGAUGACGUGAAAGAUAUCGGCACUUUAGGGAAGAAAUGUCUCUCAGCCAUCUUCACGACGAAGGAGACUGAUGAGCAGUUGGCGCUCAGGCAUGCGUCCGACAAGACAUACAAGAUUGUGCUGGCGGGAGACGCGGCCGUGGGCAAGUCCAGCUUCCUUUUGCGCCUCUGCAAGAACGAGUUCAAGGGCACCACCAGCGCCACGCUCGGGGUUGAUUUCCAAAUGAAGACACUCGUGGUGGAUGGAGUUCCCACAGUUCUACAGCUUUGGGAUACAGCGGGUCAGGAGAGGUUCAGAAGCAUCGCCAAGUCCUACUUCAGGCGAGCUGACGGGGUUCUCCUGCUUUAUGAUGUCACCUGUGAGAAGAGCUUUCUGAAUGUGCGCGAGUGGGUUGACAUCAUAAAGGAUGUUUCCCAGGAUGAUAUUCCCAUCAUGCUGGUGGGGAACAAGACAGAUCUGCGGGAGCGGGUUCACCUGGAUGGUAUCACCUGUAUUCAAACCAGCUACGGAGAGAAGCUGGCCAUGACGUACAGCUCCCUCUUCUGCGAGACGAGUGCCAAGGAGGGGUCGAAUGUCAUCGAGGCUGUCCUCCAUUUAGCACGGUGA